UUUGAAGUGCGGUGCAGCACGUGAAAAGUUGUCGAAACCUGUUGCCUUAUAAUUUAACAUGGAGAAAAGGCCACACUCCAUCCCUGUGCCAAAAUUAUACAAAGAGGCUGCGAAGCUUCUGAAACGUUAUGAAAAUAAGGAGGGAACCAUCAAGAACCUGGUGCUCAGUAAUAAGAAAUACCGGAAUUACCGAACUCUUUCUGCCUUGAUGUGCAAAACUGUUCAGAAUGCAACAAGAAUACAAACAGCCAUUGCUGCUUCCAAUCUUUUAGUAGAGCAGCCACGGUUUGAUCCACACCUGGCAAAGAUAUUGACUUCUGAACUCAUCAACAAAGGACGUUUACCAGGAAAUAGCAAGCCGGAAAUAACGCUUCUUGAAUAUGAAGAGAAAAUAAGGAAGAUAAUUGGUACAGAUCUGAAUGCCAACAAUGAAGAGAAAGAGAAGGAUCCCCUACCCAGGUAUGUCAGAAUCAACACCCUGACUACAAAUGCUGACAGGGUCCAUAGCCAUCUAGCCAGGGAAGGAUGGAGAUGUGAAGAACAGGACUUCAGUUCAUAUGAAGACUUUUUGAACUGUGUACAGAAUUUGGAUACUGACAGUUACAUGGUAGAUUACCACAUGAAAGACCUCUUGGUUUUCCCUCCCAACACACCCUUUUGGAAUGACUCGUUCUACAGAAAAGGAGCCGUAAUCUUGCAGGAUAAGGCUAGUUGUUUGCCAGUUUUCCUGAGUGAUAUUAAAUCAGGAUCAAAUAUAAUAGAUGCUUGUGCUGCUCCUGGGAACAAGACUUCACAUAUUGCAGCUGUUAUUGGUAAUGAAGGGAAAAUCUUGGCUGUGGAGAAAGACAAUGAGCGGUUUGCAACACUCCAGAAGCUGAUGAAGGAACGAGGAGUGGAAUCCAUCACCUUUGAGAACAGAGACUUCACAAAGCUCUCUCUUGAUUUGUAUGGGGAGGCUCAUUACAUAUUCCUGGACCCAACCUGCUCUGCCAGUGGACUGAAUAUUAUCAAAGAUAAUAUUUCCCCACAGCGGAUCAAAGGACUAGCAUCAUUUCAGAUACAUCUCCUUCAGUUUGCCCUCUCAUUUCCAUUUGUGAAAGAGGUUGUAUACUCAACCUGUUCUGUAUAUGAAGAAGAGAAUGAGGAAGUCAUAGAAGAGGCACUGAAAGCUUAUGGCCAUCAGUUUGAGCUUGAAGAUAUUGGGAAAAAACUUGACGGCUGGAAGCACUUUGGAAAAGAAGGCUAUGAAUUUGGAAGCAAGUGCGUAAGAACUGUUCCUGAUGUAGACAGAUGCCAUGGCUUCUUUGUGGCAAAAUUUGUGAGGAAAGCAGAGCCAGAUGAAGAAGGGGCAUUCAAAUGUGUAGAGAAUCACUGUACUGAAGACAAAGAACGUGAGGAAUUGAAGAGCAGUAUAAAAGCCAAGAGGAAAAAGAAAUCAAGAAGAGAUGAUGAAGCUGGUGAUGAGGAAGCUGAUGGACAAACCUUGAAGAACAAUGCUGUUUCAUGUGACAGUGAACUAAGGGAGGACUUGGAGGAGGUAGAGCAUAAUCAUGAUGGCGACCAGACUCAGAAGAAAAAGAAGAAGAAAAAAAAGUCAGCUGAGGAUGAUGGUGGUGAGGUACACAGUGGAGAAACAGAGAAGGACAAUGUUGUUUCAUGUGAAAGUGAAUUAACAGAGGAUGUGGAGGAGGUAGAAGACAGUCAUGUUGAAGAUGAUUCCCAAAAGAAAAAGAAAAAGAAGAAGAAGAAAAAGAAGUCAGUGAUAGGUGAUGAUGAUGAGGAAAAUAAUAGAGAUAGAGGGCAGGAGAGUGCUGUUUCCUGUGAAAGUGAAUUUAGAGUGGUCUUAAUGGAGGUAGAUGACAAUAAUGAUGGAGACCAUACUCAAAAGAAGAAGAAAAAGAAGUCGGCUAGAGAUAUUGGUUGUGCGGUACACAUUGGAGAAACAGAGACAGACCAUGUGGUUUCAUGUGAAAGUAAAUUAAAGGAGGAUAUGGAGGAAUUAGAAGACAAGCAAGACGAAGACCAUACCCAAAAGAAAAGGAAGAAGAAGAAGAAGAAGACAGUCGGAGAUGAGGUUGAUAAUGAGAAUAGUGGAGACAGAGCUGGUUCAUGCGAAAAUGAAUUAAAGGAGGACUUGGAGCAGGUAGAGAAUGAUCAUGAUAUAGAUUCUACUCUAAAAAAGAAAAAGAAGAAGAAAAGGUCUAGAGAAUCAGAAUCAGGCUCAGGAAUACCUCAGGAUAAUCUUUUAGACAAUAGUAAUCUUGAGGAAAAUAUUAUUAAGAAGAAAAAGAAGAAUUCCCUAAGUAAUAGCAAUGACUAAAAGAAGAAAGUAAUAUAGGUAUAGAAUAACAACGGUGACCAAAAAAAAAAGAAAAGAAGAAAACUCAAAGAAUGCUCUGAAAAUAACUUGACAUCUGUAACAUUAUUGAUCAGUGUUAAAAGUGAAGGCCUUUAUUUUUAAUUUGCCAAAGUCUUGUUGGUAUUAUUUAAUAAUUCUUUCAAUAUAUCUCAUCAGGAAAUAAACUCCAUAUAAGUAAUUUUAUUAGAAUUAGAAAAUAAAGUACACUGGGCAGCAGAGCCAAAUUUGAUUAGAAAAAACAAAAAAAAUAUGGGGAACCUUGAUGACAUCACAUUAGGUGGAUGGCUUAUGCUUUUAAGUGUAAUGAGAAAUCUACUUGAUUUUUCAACCUUUACAGACAAUAACAGAGAUGAAGUAGAGUCUGAGAUAAGCAGAGAAAGGUUAAGGUGCAAUUCUAUCAGUUUAAUCUGAAAAUUCUGAUGAUUCAGCAGUGGACACAACCCAUUGUUAUUGAUGGUUCAUGCCAAACAGAUAGAAAGGGGGUGGAGAAAGAAAAUGAAUGAAUGAUUAAAAGAGAGAAGAGGAUAAAUAGUGAAUGAGUGAAUGUAGGAGAGAGGGAGAGAGAGAGGAAAUGAGACUGCCUGGCUGACAAACAGACAGACAGAGAAUGAAUGAAUGAGAUAAAGAUGUAGAAGUUGGGUCCAGAGACGACAUAGAUAAUGCCUUGAAAAGUAGAUUACUUACACUGAUGUUGUCAAGUCUUCUUGUCAUUUCUGAGAUUUAAAUUUGUCAUGUGGCAGCAGCAGCACUGAGGGCAUCAAAGAUGGAAUUAAUUUCUUGAUUGAAUCCAGUGAAAAAAAAAAAAUCAGCUCUUGUUAUUGCUUUUAAGAAAAAGCAUAGGAGAGAGAAAAUUUAGGUCAUGAUAUGCCUACAAAAUGUAUUGAUUUCCGUACAUAAUACCAGUGUUGUUGAUUGAUGUGCCAUGAAAAUAUCAGUUUGAUGUGGCUCAACAUAGCAGUGUGAAGCAUUUAAUAGAGAAAAAUAAAAAUGAUGUGGAAAACAGGUUCAGAAUUCACAGUCUGUUGGAUGUCACUUGAUAUGAUUAGUGCCAGCUGGCUUGUCCCAUUCUGAAUACACAUUUAAAUGUGUAUACAGGAUUCCCCUUCAUGCAUCUGCUGGUGAAAUUACUUUAAGAAAUGUUAAGAAACCUGUUGUGAAUGUUGGAAAAAUAUGAUAGCACAGUUAGUUUAGUGUGCCAUGUGAAGUUAAGAGUUUCUUCAUAGAUAGGAAGUUAGCAUUUUUAGAUUAAUUAAGUAUGUUUUUGACACUAAAUAGUAAUGAAAUAUCUAUCAAGAGGAUAUGACAGGAGAAAUUGUAUAUUGUUAUGCAUGCAUUUUUCUCUUAUGCUGGGGUAAAUAAAUGUAAUUGAAACAUUACAUAAGUAAAAAAAAAUAAAACGAUACAGCAGAUUUA